AUGCAAUUCGAUACAAAGAAACAUGCUUUCGAAGCAAAGCCAUUGAAUGAAGCAGAUAUAGUUGUUCUCGAGACUGGUACACUGUUUCCCUUCUCAAGAUGUCUCGCUUCAUUUUUGUUCUGUGUGGCUCAAGACGUGUCAAAACAAAGUACUAGGGUCAUUCUCUUGGAUGAGGUGGGGAAUUUUGGGAGUCAUCUAUAUUAUGGGCACAGUACCUGUCCAAAGUUCACCAAAAUUAUUAGAUUUGUUCAAGCAGCUGUUUCUCUUGCUGUUGUAAUACCUUGUUUGUUAGAGCUACAAGAGCAGCAUUAUGGAGUCAAGAAAGGAAUACCAACCCUUGUCAUGGCUGCUGCUUCCUUUGACAAUGUCCUUUGCAUAAGUGCAUUUGGGAUCUGCUUAGGAAUAGCAUUUGGUAACCUCAUAUUCAGUAUAUUCCGAGGACCGAUAGAGUUGGCUCUGGAAAUAAUUCUUGGAUGCCUUGCUGGUUUAAUUUGCUGGUAUUUUCCUAAUGAGGAUAAGACUAACUUGGCUCAAAACAGAGUAGUGAUCCUGCUGUCACUUUCACUGUUAUCAGUAUUUGGAAGUAAUGUGGCAAAGUUCUCUGGUGCUGGGGCUCUUGGGGUCCUAACCAUGUCAACUGUUGCUGCUUAUGGCUGGACACAGCAGGGGAAGGUCCCUGUAGCCCUGGUGAUGUCUCUAGUGUGGCAAGUGUUUGAACCACCACUGUUUGGCCUUGUGGGGGCUGAAGUCAGUGUAGAGUACAUGUACAGUAAGGUUGUUGGAACGGGUAUUGCAAGUUUGGUUGUUAGUCUGGUUAUAUGGCUCUGCGCCACUUCUCUUGGCUUGCUUGGUAAUGACCUCAGUUUGAAGGAGAGACUGUUUAUUGCCAUAGCAUGGUCACCAAAAGCUACGGUUCAGGCUGCUAUUGGUUCUGUUUCGCUGGACUUAGCUCGACAGAAGGGCUUCUCAGGGCAAAUUGAAGAGGAGUUUGGAAUACAGAUUUUGACCAUUGCUGUUCUGGUUAUCCUCAUCACCUCACCCAUCGGCGCCAUUGGAAUCGUUUUGGAAAGGCCGCGAAUGUUAGAGCACAGUCUCCCUCAAGAAGUUGAGGUCGAUGGUGUUCUACAUACGAAAUCUUCCGGAUCCCAAGAAAGGAGGGAAAGUCGAUGUAUAGAAUGCACCGUGUAA